CAAUCGAACUCUGUCUAACCGCCAUUUCAACACAGUUUCAUAGCUCGGCUCUCGACCAAAGGAAACACCGAUCCGACUCAUAUUAACAAUCAAUAUUUGUGGUGUUAUCAGUUGUUCCUACCUUGACCCUGCUCCAUUGCCGGUGACCGACAGUGACGUCGACUGUCCACUGGCUCCACCGUCUUCUCGCUGUGCUGCCGGACACAAGAAACAUCCUGAAGGGUCUUCAUCCUCGGUCCCCCCGCGGAGGUUUCAGCAGCCAUGGCCGGAGGAGGACGCGCAGCGCUCGGGUCGCUCGUGUUGCUGUGUUCGCUCUUCUGCCGCUCCUGCUGCUUCAACCUAGACGUGGACAAACCGUCCGUGUACUCAGGACCUGAGGGGAGCUACUUCGGCUUCUCGGUGGAUUUCUUCAAGACCUCUACCAACCAGAAGUCAAACGUUCUGAUUGGCGCUCCACGAGCCAACACGUCGUCCCCCAGCACUGUGGUGGAGAGGGGAGCGGUGUACAGCUGUCCCUGGGCCGGCUCUCCGUCCUGUCAGCAGCUGGUGUUUGAUAGCACAGAUGACAGGGUGAACACAGAGGGCUCUCCGAUGGAGUUUAAGUCUAAGCAGUGGUUUGGAGCGUCAGUGCGAUCUGAUGGAGAGCACAUACUGGCGUGUGCUCCUCUGUAUCAGUGGUCGACGUUCGGCGAGUCAGAGCGAGAGCCAGUGGGAACGUGUUACCUGAUGAAAGGAGGAACCGUGGUCGAGUACUCGCCGUGCAGAUCCAAUGCAAACUCUCCUGAAGGUCAGGGUUUCUGUCAGGCCGGAUUCAGCAGCGACUUCCUGACGAAGGAGAGCAAAGUGGUGAUAGGAGGACCGGGAAGCUUCUACUGGCAGGGUCAGCUGAUUUCUGAUGACGUCUCUGAGAUUUUUGCCCGUUUUGACAAAAAGUACGUCACCCCGUACGGAAACACGCUCACGACCAAGUCGGCCAACGCCCAGUACGACGACAGUUACUUAGGAUACUCUGUGAGUGUGGGAGAUUUCAACGCUGAUGGAAAAGAAGAUUACGUGACCGGGGUCCCUCGGGGAGACAAAGCGCUUGGCUACGUGAACAUCUUUAACGGCCUCAACAUGGACUCCAUGGUGAACUUCACGGGGACUCAGAUGGCUGCAUACUUUGGUCACUCAGUGGCUGCUACUGACAUGAACAACGACGGUUUUGUGGAUCUGUUGGUUGGAGCUCCUCUCUUCAUGGACAGAGGCUCUGAUGGGAAACUGAGGGAGGUGGGACAGGUGUCUGUGUACCUGGGUCGAGGUGGGUUUUCCUUCCAAGAUCCUCAGCAGCUCACAGGGACGGAGGUUUACGCCCGAUACGGCUCCGCCAUUACCGCGCUGGGAGACCUGAACAUGGACGGAUACAAUGACGUUGCCAUCUCUGCUCCUUAUGGAGGUCCGGAUCGUCACGGUCUGGUCUACAUCCAUAAUGGCCGCCCUCGAGGCCCCGACUCCACACCUUCACAGGUCCUACAGGGGAAAUGGGCAUCCAGCUACAUGCCCGCCAGCUUUGGAUAUUCCAUGAGAGGAAACACUGACAUAGACCAGAACGGAUAUCCAGAUUUAUUGGUGGGAGUGUUCGGAGCCGACAAAGCCGUUUUAUACAGGGCUCGUCCAGUGAUCAGUGUGAACGCCACGUUGGACAUGACGCCUCAGAUCAUAAACCCGGAGGAGAAAACCUGCACGCUCCCCGGAACCAGCACGCUCGUUUCCUGUUUUAAAGUGAAAUACUGUCUGAAGGCCAGCGGUAUCAGAGCUCCGCCCACUCUCAGUUUCCACGUGGACUUGGUGUUGGACCGUCUGAAGCAGAAGGAGGCGACAAAGCGCGUCCUCUUCCUGCACAGCCGAACCUCCCAAUACUCCAAGAACAUGAUCGUCACUAACGGGAAAGUCCCGGCGUGCGAGGAGCAGCACGUGUUCCUCAGGGAUGAUCGAGAGUUUCGGGAUAAGAUCACACCAAUCUCGGUGACCAUGGAAUACACGCUGGACUUUCAGCAGGCUGCAGACGCGACAGGCCUGCUGCCGAUCCUUGACAUGUCCACGCCAUCCAACGUUACCAAGCAGGCUCACAUCCUGUUGGACUGUGGAGACGACAACAUCUGUAAACCCGACCUGAGGCUGGAGGUGGUAAGCGAUCGGCAGCAGAUCUACAUCGGAGACGAUAACGCUCUGACUCUGGAGAUCACGGCUGAGAAUAAAGGAGAGGGAGCGUAUGAGGCUGAGCUCCACGUCUACCCGCCUCAUCAGGCCGACUUCACUGGAGUCGUCCGCAGCCAGACUCACAGCAGACUCUCCUGCGCCUACAAGAAGGAGAACCAGACUAAGAUGGUGGUGUGUGACCUGGGGAACCCCAUGAAGCCAGGACCCGCGAUUAAAGCAGCGCUGAGGUUCAGUGUGCACCAGCUGUCAGAGGAGGACACCUCAGUGAAGUUCGACCUGCAGAUCGUCAGCUCCAACCAGUUCGACAACAAGAGUCCUCGAGUGUCCAGCAUCACAGCUCUAGCUGUCCUCGCUAAAGUCUCCAUCAGAGGGACGUUGUCUCCCAGUCAGAUUCUUCUUCCCAUCCCUAACUGGAAAGCUAUUGAGCGUCCUGCGACUGGAGACGAUAUUGGACCUCAGAUCCUCGGCGUGUACGAGCUCCAGAACAACGGGCCCAGUACGAUCAGUAAGGCGUCUCUGGAGGUGGAGUGGCCGUACCACUACAAGAACGACUCUCUGCUCUAUGUCACCAUAUUCGAGACAGAGGGGCCGAUGAACUGCACCUCGGACACCGUGAUCAACCCGCUCAAUGUGUCGAACCCGCUGACCUUGGUGAAUAACGCCAGCGGAAUCCCUCCCAGAGAGCGAGAGACGGAGGGACGGAACAGACACCAGGUCCGCAAGAGAGACCUUGAGGCAACAAGAGACGGACAGAAUGACCUGCAGACACUGGACUGCAGCACAGCAGACUGUCUGCGGAUCAGGUGUCAGAUCGGUCGCCUGGAAAGGAGGAAGAACGCCUUCCUCUUCAUCUACUCCAGACUGACUGUCAACAACUUCCUCAGGACCGAGAAUCAGAAUCGUUCAUAUGUGGUUCGGUCGACGGCGUCCUUCAACGUGAUCGAGAUGCCGUAUAAGAACCUGGUGUCAGAGCUGCCAUCCAACAGCACCACAGCGAGUGUGUCCGUCAUAUGGGUGGCAGAGCCUCCUCCGCCGAUCCCGGGCUGGGUCGUGGCUCUGGCUGUGUUAGCCGGUCUGCUGCUGCUGGCUCUGCUCAUCUUCAUCAUGUACAAGCUGGGGUUCUUUAAGCGAGUGCGCCCCCCGCAGGACGACAGUGCAGAGAAGGAGCAGCUGGCGCCGGAGGAGAACGGAAACACUGAUGCCUAGAGGAGCGCCCCCUACUGUCUGUACAGAACAUUUCAGGGUAACAUGGCGGCUGAGAUGCGUUCACUGUAUUCACUGUAGAAUGGGAGAUAAAGGUACUGGUGGAAGGUUUAUAAGGUUUAUUUUUAUUAGCUAAAUCACGUUUGUGCCAAAAACAGAGUCCACCUGAUGAAACACGAUGCCUUCAGAGAUCAGCUGUUUAAGAGUUUAAGGGAUAGUCCAACAUUUUAGGAACAAACGUCUCUGUCUCUCUGGAGUUUGAUGUGUAAGGCUGAUUCUGCUCGUGCGUGUGUGUGUGUGUGUGCGUUUGCGCGUGUGUGUUUGCGCGUGUGCGUUUGCGUGUGUGGUGAAUAUGAAGCUCCAAAGAGAGACUGCAAGCACAACAAACACCCAUAAAGCUCCCUGAUUGAGGACAGGAAACACAACUCAUGAUCUGUAGUGAACACAUCGGUCAGAGGACUUAUGCUAGAUGAUUCCCGUUGUUUCCAGUCUUUAUGCCAAGCUAAUGUAGCUUCAUAUUUACCAAGCAUAACAAGAUGAGAUCACUCUGAACGUGUCUGACGUGUUUGGGGGACAUUGUUCUGGAAAUGUUGAACUUCUCCUUUCACUUACCAACUGAAAUCUUUGAAGCUUCAUGAAUGGAGGAGAAGCUUUCCUCUAACAUGCACAUUUAUUCCCAAACCCAAAAUAAUGUAAACUCGUUUCUAAAAGUCCAGAACUGCUGAUGAUUGAAGUAACAUUUCACCGUCCCACCACUAAAAACACCUGAAACAAUAAAAUGAUGAGACAAAUGAAAACAGUGAAGCGAUUCUGCUAAAGCACACGUAACUUAUUUAAAAUCUGCAAUAAAAACAAAGCUAUGCUAGCCAGCUAAGCUAACAAGCACUGAGAAUAAUCACAGUCUGUAACAUGUUAAAUGGUGGCCCUGUUUAGAUUAUGAUUAUGUUGAUUCAGCGAUGACGCAGCAAUAAGAUGUUUGAUCGCGUAAUCAGAAACUUCAGCAAUAAGGGAGAAUCCGAGCGUCGGACAAGUUCAGGUGUUCGUGUUCGUGGUGGUUUGAUUAGCGUUGAUUUGAGACGAUGAGAAGUGUUACAGUAAUAUAUUGACCCUGAUAUAUGCAGUGUUUUCUUUGUGUGUGUGUGUUUGGGGAGCUGGUCUGCUUUGGGAGGCCAGUUUGGUGGGGGUUUUUUUUAGGUCUGAUUUUUUUUGUAUUUUCUCGACGCGAGUUUGUUAACAGAAUAUGGUCCGGGUCAUUUCAACACGAUACGAGUUUGUUUUAGGAAGUUUGUUAUUUAGUUCAGAAAUGAUGUUUGGGUGGAAAAUCAACAAGUUUAAGAAUUUGUUGUUCAGAUUUAAUAACAGACCCUUUGCUAAGCCCCUCCCCUUUUUGGGGAUGUCCAAAUUCAGCUGUUUUAAUCAGGUCUGUCAGUAUUUGGUAACAUUUAUGGAGCUCAUGUGCACCAUGAGAUCAAUGGAAAUGACAACAACAGUAACCAAGGGGGGGGCAUAGUUAGCGGUCAGUUAGUUCCAGUUGUGACGUCCCGCCCGCCCUGCACUGAGGCUCACUCCACGUAUUUAUGAUCAUUAAACUCCUCCUCUUCACGUUGUGACGUGGUCUGGAAGCUGUCGGCUGUCUUUAUGUUUGUAUGAGCGAGAGUGUGAAUUUAUGAAAAAAGAAAAAAAGCGUUGUUAUGAAUUCACCCAUAUUGGGUCUGCAUCACGGUUUAAUGAUGUUUAAGGUUGAUGAUGAUUUUCAAAUAUAUUAAUCCUAUUAACAACAAUAACUGCACCGCACACGUAGGUUAGCACAUUCACGUUUUCUUUAAAUGAAAUCUCUGUAAUAUCCUCCUCCACCACCAGGGGUCACUGUUUGUGUUUCAGCAUUUUGUCUGAUGUCGGUUAAAGUGAUACAAACAUUAAAUGAUUCCUCUACGGACUCUAAAAACUCGGCUGCAAAAUCUGUAGUCUGAAAAUAUGAGUAAUGUCUCUGAAACAGAAAAUAUUCACAACUUUGAACUCACUGCUGUCUUCAGGUUUGGAUUAAAUUUUGCUAAAACAACUUUAAAAACAGAAAAAAAAAAUGUUAUCUCUGGAUUUAAAAAAAUAUAUAAAUUGGAAUAUUAUGAAAGGUUCAUAGUUAAUAUUUAAAUUUGUAUUAAAUAUUUUAAUAUUUUUAGAUGAUUUAUCUCUGAUCUGUAGGAUGUUCUUACAGAUUAAAACAGAUUUGAAAGUAUAAUGAGUCUAGAAGAAAUCAAAUUUUCACGUUUUUGAACUUUUUCAUGAUAUUCUCUUUUAUUGAAUCCACAUGUGGUCGUUAUCUGAGUCUUUAACACAAUGAAGUCAUUUAGUAAAGUCGCUCAGAUCUCCUGAGGAUUAAUCUGUGUUUACAGCAGUUUGAUAUUUCCUCUCUCAGCAGGACAGACGGAUGUUAACUCAGACUCACCCUGCAUAUGGUUGGAUUAAGUUUUGGUUAUUGGUCUUUGUUAUUUGAAAUAAAAACAGAGAUUAUAAAUCUUCAUAAAAAGUGAAAUAAUGUUCCUGACUGACUCAGGAGGCUGAUCUGACAUCAGUCCUGCUGUCCGUCUGUUUUUAUUUCAGGGUUUGUUUUAUAUUUAAUACCGUGGUCCAUCUGUCCGCCUGAGUGUCCGCUCUCUUUCGCUCUGCUUUUGAAUAAAAAUAUUUGAUGUAUGUAUUCUUUCACCGGAGAAUAAACUUUAACUGUUUCCUGAAGCGAUUAAUUCACUGAAAUAAACUGAUUUCUUCACAUA